UUUACGACAAUUUUUUUCCUUGAAACAAAAAAAAAAUCACACAUUUUCAUUAUUUUGUCAUACUCUAUAAAAGAAUCCCUUUAAAUGGCCGAUACAAACGCAACGAACAGUGACUCUGUAGCGCAAUCUGCUAACAUUGCUAAGAGGAGUAGGAAUUCUCAAUUUGCGAAAUUUGCUGUUUCCCCAAAACACCAGCCCGCCAUUCGGUAUAUGCCAACUUACCGUUUGGAAGCAAUGAGCCCACUUAACAAAGAAAUCUGUGAAAAAAUACUGAAGAGCGUAAUGGACGAGACGUUUGCUAAUUUUUCAUAUACUCCAAAAACAUCCCUGCAGUUCUGUGCCCAAGUUAGCGAAGAAAUAAAAAUACGGAUCAAAAACAAAAAUUUCGAUCGGUACCGUUAUAUAGUUGUUGUUACCAUUGGAGAAAAGCUCAUGCAAGGCUAUUACUCGUUAGUUAACUUCUUGUGGGAUGCAGAGAAGGAUGGUUAUUUGUCCUACGUAAUCGAUAACCCAAAAUUUUUUGCUGUUGCAACUUUAUACUACCUUUAUUAUGAUUAGCUCUGGCCACGGCUCCCAUGGCGCAAUGUCUUCCCCCGCACCUUUUGUAACAAGAAAAAAAUAAAAAAAACCGCAUUUCUAAAACGCACAACAAA